UGCGGCAUUUCGUGGCGCUCCGCGGCAAUUUUUUUGUGCGAAGUUGAACAACGAUAUUCAUUUUUGUUUUUGAGUGAAUGAUAGUUGACGGGCCCAAAAUAGAAACCAAAAAGUAUAAUAAACAGCAUUUAAUCGUGCAAAAAUAAUAACAGUCAAAGCAAUAAAUAUUUAGAAUGCAAACCUUGCUGUCAUUUCUUAUAACAAAGCGAGGGGAGUGCGCAACUUAGGUGUGGCUUCUGUAUUGGUAUAGCCAUCGGUCUGACAUUGUAUUUGUAAUUCCAGUAUUGGGAUAGGAAAUCGUUAUGUGUUGAGCUGCCAAAACAAACAUCGCCUUCCAAGAAAAUGUCAGAAUUUAAGGCGACUGCGCUGUACGACUUUGAGCCCCAGCCGGAUACGAGUGAGAUCCGCCUGCGUGCCGGUGAGCUGCUCACCAUCACACGCACCGACGUCGGAGAGGGAUGGUGGGAGGGUGUCAACGAGAGCCAGCAGUGCGGCCUCUUCCCGGAGGCCUACUGUGAGCGGGUGGCAGUGUCUCCGCCACCUCCCCCGGUGGCCCCGCCAGCUGCACUGCCAAUCGCGCCGCCAGUCGUCCCGCCGGCUGCCCCUGGCUGGUCGGUUCCCACACCAACAGCCACCACCCCGGCCGCCUCGCGCAACUCCUGGACCGACCCGUGGAAGGAGCCGACGCCGGCCGACCCAUGGAGCACCGAUCGGGAAAAGAUGCCCCCUCCGGCGGCGCCCGUCCCCGGCGGCCGGCCGAGCAGCGUGACCAACGCGGACGACUGGGACGAUGAUUGGGACGACGACAGUGACGCCGACACCCAGGUGGGCGGGCCGGCCGGUGGCGGGGAGGCGGCCCGUCACCUGGCCGUCCGCGGCAGCGCCGGCGACGUCAGCAACUCAGGUCGGGGUGACGGCAAGGCCACGGUGAAGCGCAACCUGAACCGGUUCUCGACGUUCGUCAAGUCCGGCGGCGAGGACUACAUCCUGGGCGUGUCCAAGAUACACGUCUCCGACGCCGACCUCAUCACCAUCACGGAGACUGAGCACGGUUACGAGUGGGACAGCUUCACACCGUACACGUGCACCGUCACUUCGCCCAAGAAGGAGACCAAGAUGAAGGGCCUGAAGAGCUUCAUCGCCUACCAGCUAGUGCCUUCAUUCAGCAAUAUCCAGGUGUCCCGGCGGUACAAGCACUUUGACUGGCUGCACGACCGUCUGGAGGAGAAGUUCACACUGAUCCCUGUGGCGCCGCUGCCAGACAAACAGGUGACGGGGAGAUAUGAGGAGGACUUCAUCGAGCACCGGAUGAUGAUGCUGCAGCAGUGGGUGAACAGGAUCUGCCGCCACCCCGUGCUCAGCCGCUGCGAGGUAUGGAACCACUUCCUGACGUGCACUGACGAGAAACAGUGGAAGACGGGGAAGCGGCGAGCUGAGAAGGACGAACUGGUCGGCGCCAACUUCUUCAUGGCGCUCAAGGUGCCCGAUAAGCCGCUGAUGCAGGGACAGAUUGAGACGGAGAUCGACAACUUCUCCAAGUUCAGCCAGAGCAUGGACGCGGCGGUGAAGCUGCUGCAGACCAUCUCCGUCGAUCAGAUCAAGAAGCACCAGGGGCCCUACAAGCGCGAGUUCCAGAAGAUCUCGCACGGCUUCAAGGCACUCUCACAGGCGUUCGGCAGCGACACACAGGCGUACUCUCCGGCGCUGACCCAGGCGGUCGGACACACGGCAGCAGUGUACCAGGAGGUGGGUCAGCUGUACGAAGACCAGCCCCGCUACGACUGGGAGCGCUUCAACGACCUGCUACACGAGUACCGCGGCAUGCUCACCAGCUUCCCAGACAUGUUCAACAUGCAUAAGGGAGCGAUGCAGAAACGAAAGGAGUACAGUCGGUACGGUGCAGAGGGGAAGCUGAGUGACGACGAGGUACAACAGGUGGGCCGGCGCACGGACGUCGUCUCCUACGCACUGAUGGCCGAGAUGAGCCACUUCCAGAAGGAGCGCGUGGCUGACUUCACAGAGGCCAUGCGGGGCUUCCUGCGCAACCAGGUCUCCUUCUACAGACAGAUUGCCGACAAGUUGGAGGAGUCGCUGCAAACCUAUGAGAACAUCCAGUCAUAGGGUCAGUCCUCGCUCGAGCUGCGGCGAUCACCGUGGCACAGUCACAACCCAGCUACAAACGGAUGGCGGUAGGUGGGAGCUCGUACCGCCAGCGGGCGCGCGGGACUCGGCCGGCGCCGCGCUAUGCGGAUCAUGACUGACGGCUGGAGAAGGCACUGUCCUCUGUCCGCACUGGAGAAAUGAUUGGUGUCCCGCAGAAUCGUGCGGCAAUGAUACAAACCUCACCCGUGAGAGAAGCGUGUAAUCGUGGCUCGAUUUUGGUGUAAUCGUCCAGAUUCUAUUUAGUGAUGUUUAUCUGCGCGCUGCUCGACUGCUGAUCGGCGCGAGAGGCUGGUGGAACCGGGAGUCUGCCUUCAGUGUACCCGACGAAACGGUCAGCUUGCAGUCUAUUUUGUGAUACGUGGUUUUGCCCGAGCGCGCUGUAUGAGGUCCUUAUGUUAGCUAUUGGCUGGGCAGGCUCCUACGCAUAUGUUCGCCAGCGCUUUGCCUUGUGCGUCGGUGAUGCCUUUGUACCCGCCCGGGUGGGGUACCGGGACCGAGGUGCGGGCCUCUCGGUACCGCUCAGGAGGACCCAGGUACCCGCUGGUACCGUGCCUGGGCACUCGGUGGUACUGUACCGAGGUACCGCUCGUACCGUGCGGCCUGCACCGAUUCCGCACGUCGCUGAACCGAUGAAGACCAAUAUAUUUACACGAAAUCCGAAAA